AUGAAGAAGUUUUCUCGGAUGCCCAAGUCCGAGGGCAGCGGCGGCGGCGGGACGGCCUGUGUCGGCUCGGGCGGCGGCGGCGGCGGGGGGAGCGGCGUCGCCUUGGGCAAGGUGCUCGCUGUCGGGCGCUACCAGGUCACCCCCGAGGAGCUGCUGGCGGAAGGUGGCUUCUCAACUGUGUUUCUGGUACGUACCCAUGGUGGGAUACGUUGUGCACUGAAACGAAUGUAUGUUAACAAUGUGCCGGAUCUCAACAUAUGCAAGAGAGAAAUUACAAUUAUGAAAGAGUUAUCUGGGCACAAGAAUAUUGUGAGCUAUUUGGAUUGCGCUGUUAACUCUAUAAGUGAUAACGUUUGGGAGGUACUCAUUCUCAUGGAGUAUUGUCGAGCUGGGCAAGUUGUGAAUCAGAUGAAUCAGCGUCUGCAGACAGGCUUUACUGAGUCAGAAGUAAUGAGAAUAUUUUGUGAUACCUGUGAAGCUGUUGCCCGGUUGCAUCAGUGCAAAACACCUAUAGUUCACCGGGAUCUAAAGGUGGAGAAUAUAUUGUUAAACGAUAGCGGGAACUAUGUUCUCUGUGAUUUUGGCAGUGCCACUAACAAAUAUCUUAAUCCUCAAAAAGAUGGUGUUAAUGUGGUUGAAGAAGAAAUUAAAAAGUAUACAACACUAUCAUACAGAGCUCCUGAAAUGAUCAAUCUUUAUGGAGGAAAACCAAUUACUACCAAGGCAGAUAUCUGGGCACUUGGCUGCUUGCUGUAUAAACUUUGUUUCUUUUCACUUCCCUUUGGAGAAAGUCAAGUUGCUAUUUGCGAUGGAAGCUUUACCAUUCCGGACAAUUCCCGAUACUCUCAGAGUAUACACUGUUUGAUAAGAUAUAUGCUUGAACCUGAUCAAGAACAGAGACCUGAUAUCUUUCAAGUAUCUUACUUUGCCUUUAAACUUGCCAAAAAGGAUUGUCCAGUGUCUAAUAUUAAUAAUUCUCCUGUCCCUUCAACUCUUCCUGAGCCCAUGACAGCUAGUGAGGCAGCUGCUAGAAAAAGCCAAAUAAAAGCAAGAAUAACAGAUACUGUUGGACCAACAGAAACCUCAAUUGCACCGCGACAAAGACCAAAGGCCAAUUCAAGCACUGCCACUUCUAGUGUGCUGACGAUCCAGAGCUCAGCAACUCCAGUCAAAGUACAAGUUCCCGGUGAAUUUGGUAAUCGUGGGCAAAAAGGAACCACGCGAGCAGGGAAUGGACAAGAAAUCUUACAGUCCCAAGGGACCAACCAGCAUCCCCCCCAGCAAAACAGAGUUCUCCAGCAGCUGCAGCAGGGGGACUGGAGACUACAGCAGCUACACCAUUUACAUCACCAGCAGCAGCAACCUACGAUUCAGGAUGCUUACAUUCAGCAGGUACAAGUAAAAUCUGUUACAGAAGUUUCUAAGAGACAUCACUGGGGCUAUCAUGACUUCUUAAAGCGAUUUUCUUCUUUGCAACUAUAGUAUCAACAAGCAAUGCACCAGCAGAUGGUCCAACAGCAGCUGUUGAUGCAGUCUGUGUACCAGCAGCAACCUUCCCAAUCUCAGUAUCCCGCUAUGUUGCAGCAAUAUCAGCAGGCUCUCCUACAGCAGCAGAUGCUUGCUCAGCAGCAACAGCGGUCGCAACAGGGGCAGUCUCCUGAAUAUAUCACUUCUCCACAAGACUUCUCACCAGCCUUAAUCUCCUACCCUGGGUCACUUCCAGUGCAUGCUGGAACAGCGGUAGAUUCUCCCUACCCUGCAAGCAGGUCAGGUAUUCCUGAUACUGAAGCAAUUGCGAGUUAUCCAAAGCAGAGCAUCAAUAACCCACCUGAUAUGUCAGGCUGGAACCCAUUUGGAGAGGACAAUUUUUCCAAGUUGACAGAGGAGGAGCUGCUGGACAGAGAAUUUGACCUGCUAAGAUCAAACAGGCUGGUGGACAGGAGAGCAUCUACAGAUAAGAAUGUGGAGCCGCAUUCUGCUCCACAGAAAAAUCCUCCUGAAGAUCCGUUUGGUUCUGUUCCUUUCAUUUCUCACCCAGGUUCCCCUGGAAAACAAGCGGGUAACUCAGCCAGCAAUCAAGGAAAUAACUUAGGGACCCCAACCAAGGCUGGAAAACUGAGCCAUGCUUUUAGAGAUCCCCGGCCAGGGAGGAAAACUGCAGAGGGACAAGUGACAAAAGGUGGUGAUGAGUCAGAGAGUGAUUUUGAAUCUGAUCCUCCUUCUCCCAAGAGCAGUGAGGAAGAAGAAGAACAGGAGGAUGAAGAAGUCUUGCAAGGAGAGAAUGGAGACUUCAAUGAUGACAAUGAUACAGAACCAGAGAAUUUAGGCCACCGACCUCUCCUCAUGGACUCUGAGGAAGAGGUGGAGGAAGAGGAGGAAGAGAAGCUAAGUUCUGACUCUGAUUCUGAUCGUACCAAGCAAAAAUCUGUGGAAGGGCUCCUGAGCAGUAGGUUCAGAGACAGUGUGGGCAGCGGUGAAAUCAAAGAACCCAGUUCAAUGCAUACGUCCUUGUCUGAGGUGUCAAGUACUAUAGUCAAGGUGAACGCUGGCCAAGAAUUUGAUGUUUUUGGGGCGGUGCCAUUUUUUACUCUGCAGCCUCAGGCAAGAGAGAAGGUGGACAAAGGUGUCUCUUCUCCGACAGCUUUUCCCAGCCUGAACCAAGAGCAGGAUGACUUUGAUGUUUUCACAAAAGCCCCCUUCAGCAGAAAGGUGUCUCAGCAAGACGGCCAGGCGGCAGGAGCUGAGCCUCUGUGCUCCUCCACCUCUCCACGGAGCGUCGAUAUUUUUGGAUGCACCCCAUUUCAGCCUUCCCUUCUGCCCAAGACCAGUGGGAGUAGAGAGGACCUGUUUGGGCUAGUUCCUUUUGAAGAGAUCACAGGGAGUCAACAGCAGCAGAAGGUGAAGCAGCAACGUAACUUGCAGAAACUUUCUUCUCGCCAAAGGCGCAUGAAGCAGGAGGUCUCAAAGAACAAUGGAAAGCGCCACCACGGCACCCCGACCACCACGAAGAAGGCGUUGAAACCGAGCUUCCGCACCCCGGAGAGAGCCCGCAGGCACAAGAAAGCAGGCCGCAGGGACUCGCAGAGCAGCAACGAGUUCCUGACUAUCUCGGACUCCAAAGAAAACAUAAGCGUUGCGUUGACUGACAGCAAAGAUCGAACCAACCCCCUGCAGACAGACGAGAGUCUGCUGGAUCCUUUCGGAGCCAAACCCUUCCACCCACCCGACUUGAUGCGGCAUUCCCAGCAUCAAGGGUUUGGUGACAACCGCGGGGAUCACGGCACAGUAGUAGUGGCUGGUAGACCUAGGCAGAGCUCCUUGCACGGAGCCAUUCACGGCAGUGACGGGCUGAAAACAGAUGACUUUGGUGCGGUGCCCUUCACUGAACUGGUUGUGCAGAGGGCGCAGAGCCAGCAGCAACAGGCGCUAGAGUUAGACCCCUUUGGAGCAGCUCCGUUUCCUUCCAAACAGUAAAUGCUUCCGAUGGGUUCCCCCCCUCCACCUCUCGGAGUUACUUAAUAGAGGUUUUAAUUAGUGGAGUAAUUUAUCUGGUUGAAUUGACAGGGACGUGGGUUGUACAGUUUCUUCAAGUUCAAGAAGGCAUGGCUGGCUUGCACGAUGAAAUUCAGAAUGAUGUCAAAUUUUUAUUGGGAUUUUUUUGAGAAAAAGAGAAAAAACAAACCAGGAGCAGCAUUUUGUUAUGACAGAUGGCUCCCAGAAUGAAAAGAGAAAUCAGAUAUGAAUUGUUGUCUGUUGCUGACUUUGGGCCCUGGAACAUAUUGUCAUUCUGCGCUUUGGCGUUGCCUUUCCAGCCCUCUGCGGUGUGCUGAGAUGGAGGGAGGGGGACGGGCAGAGAUCAUGUGAAAAACAUUUCCCAUGCGUACAGGUAGGCUGAUGGAGCCAUGGUGGUUCUUCGUGUCUCAGUCGCAGUAGACCUGAGAACCAAAAUGUACUAAUAUCCGGAUUUAUCUGCUGGAAAUAGUCAAGUCUUUGCUUUCUAGGUGAAAACUACCUUUAUUAAUCGUAAAAAUAAAGAAGCUGAGUCCUCAAGGGGCUGUGGCCCAGAAUUCCAGAGCACAUCUAUGGCUUGGGACCUGGUAGACAUCUAUGCAGCUGCAAAGAUGAAAGGUGGAUAAUUUUUUUGUGUGCCUAAACAUUCAUUUGAUUUUUUUUUUUACAGUAAGUGCCAUUAAUGUAAAAUAGCAAACUGGAACUUUAGAAUUAAAACUAAAGAUACAGAGAAUAUAAUGGUUUGCGAGACAAAAAGCCUGAAUGUAGGGCAGUAAACCAGCAGGGAUGCAGCCAGUGUUUGCAGCACUUUGAAGACUACUCGGCACGCUGGGAAGAGAGGCUGGUUUACAUGAGGAAAUCAUUUGGCACAUAUGGAGUAUUUCAGAUGACUUGUACGGUUGACUGUGAGAUGCAACCAUCAGAUGUAUUUGAUUACAAGUUGGGAUUUGUGUCUGAAAAUACCUUUUCUUUUCCUCUUGGAUUUUUAUUGCAAAGAAAACGUGUAUUCUUUCAAACCUGUUGGUUUUUAAACCCAUGAUAGUUGUAUGAAAUGACUGUAACCUAAUGUUCUUUUACGUUGUCAUGAAUCUAUUAUUGUACUUAAGUGUAUUUUCUAAGAAAGUUUCGCUAAAUGCACUGAGCUUUGAAGAAACUUCUCUGAACCUGGAUUUGUUUCAGAACAGAAGCAGUAAGCAGCAGUAGCUUGCAGAAGCUGAUCGCUACUGUACCAGUAAACUGCAUUUCACACCGCGAAGCCUUACAGGCAGGACUCCUGUCCUGCUGCACAGUACCUCCGAGACGUUGGGUGCACGAGACGUGGCUAAAACCUUGGCAGCAUGCAGUGCCCGUAGGUGAUGGGAAGGUGAUGUGAACAGGCUCAUCGAGGACAAGAUUUCAUUUCUGUGUUGUAGAAGUAGGUGCUGUGUGUAGGCGGGACAGCUUCUCUGCUGCCUCGCAACGUGUGCCAAGCCAUGUAUACCGUCUGCAGAGCGAGUACGACUCGGGACGGUCCGAUUUGUCUGCCUUUCUUCCAUGGCAGUCCUAAAGAGGAGGUGGAAGGAGGUAGUCCCUCUGCUUGUCUCAAUUUUAUAUCCUGCUCUGCUGAAUGCUGAUGAGUAGAUAAUUGGAAGUUUAUAUAUGGAGGACAUAAGCGUUUGUGGUUCUGUGUCCCCCCUUUCACAGGAGGUAAAGUGGAAUAUUUAGGGUUGUGCAUAUUUCUUCCAAGUCUCCUGCUGGUUAUACAGUCGUCCUGAGAUCUGUGAGGCUGGGGGGUCGAUCCCUUACAACAUUUGUUGAAAACAACACAUGAAAAACAGGUUGCUUGACUCCUUUGGGGUUGGCUUGAUAAAACGCUCCCUCGGAUUCCUUCCCCUAGUCCUGGAAUUAGAAAGUAGCUCAUGCGUAUCUGUACAUCUUCAUUACCUUUAUCUUCCUCAUUCUCAUUUUUCUCACAGGGUGAAGGCGAGCUAUUACAGCUGUGUGUGGUUGAGUAUGCCUUUUUCAGGCUUAGAAAUUAAGCUCUUAGGAGGUUAUGAGUAGAAAUGUUUCAACUGUAUUUGCACAGGAGUUUCUUAGGCUUUAUUACUACUGUUCUUACCUGGGGUUUUGGUGCCAAAGGCUGUAAGAAGCAGAUGCCAAGUUUUGUAGCAUUUUCUGAUACUCAGGUUAACUGUCUUUUUUUUUUCCUUUUCCCUCUGCGUGUGCUUAUGAGCUGCCUUCCUGCGGUCUCCUUCUGAACUGUUACUUAGCUGCCUAAAGAGCUGUUGGAACAGCAUGCUAUGACAAAUGGGGCAGGUGGGUGGAAACAAAACGAGAAUAAAACAACAGGCAACUGACCCAUGGUCCUAAACGUGGCUCGUCCUCACCGAAGCCACGCAGCCGCUGCUUGCCCUGGUGGAAAAGCAACUUCGGGGCUUGCUCGGCCGUUUGGUGCUGGAGGAAAGGGUUAACAACACACAGGGGAGUGGGGCUUAUCUCUGCUGCCUGCAAGGAGAGGUGGUUUGCUGAGGGAAAAGGCUGUGCCUGGGCAGACUUCGUGUGGGCCUAAAUACUGAGGUAAACUAAGAGCAGAAGGAAGCGUAUUUGGUUUUUGUCUGUUUACCCUGAGACUUCAGGCUGAGCAGCGCCUCAGGCGUUCCGUGCGUGGCGGGUUGGUUUGUUUUGUGGCAGAGGGUCCGUAAGCUGUUAUUCUGCAGUACAGGAAAGCUGAAGUGAGGUUGUACGCAGAAACUGAGAGAGGAGAUAAAAGCAAACCGUAAACCCAAGUUACUCUCAAACUGGCAUAAUGCCUCUGGCUGCAUACGAGUUACGGCCGAUGAUGCUUGCUUUCUAAUGGCCUUAAUAAACCUUGUUCUUCGUAUUCUAGUUAUGAAACAGGUUUUUGCAUAAAUGUAACUUUUGUUCCUAGAGUUAAAAUUAUUUUAUCCUUUCUUGUGACUGAAAAGAGAUUAGUAUGCCUCGCUAAGUUGACUUUGUGUGGUGUAUUUUGUUUAUACACAACUAAACCCAAGUUUGGGUUUAAUUUCAGCUAAGAUCCACUAUUCAACAGAGACGAGAUGUGGUACUAUCGGGGAACGCGAUAUCCUUUUGCCUUUAUUUGGGGUGUGUGUGUGCUCAUGUGUGUGCUUGCCAUGGAGUGCAUCGUGACCUUACCUGAAAUAAGGGAGAGACCUUGCUGCACUAGACAUGUACCAUACUGUCUGUGAAGACAAUAAUGGCAAGGUAAGGGGCUGACACGGCCCUUCCAACCAAAAAUACCGAUUGAUUUUUUACAGCUUUUAUUUCAGCACAUUGAAUGACUGAACCACAGGCCUUUUAGAAACAGCUGCUUGAGAGAGAGAUUCUGUCAAGAGGUACUAGGAAGCCCUUAAUGGUUGCGGUCAUUGAAAGAAAAAUAAGAGAGCCGUGUUUCUCUGCGGACUCUCAAAUGGGCCUGAGAUGCGCGCGGUUGCUUUGGCUGACCUGCGUAACGCGGGACCUGUCAAUACCAGCCUUGGAGGAAAUAACUUCUAAUCAUUCUGGAUGUCCCAGUUAGUAAAACCAAGUACUGUGAAAAUAAGUUGAUGUAUUUGCUACUGUGAGAAUAAGAGUUUAUCUGGAGUUUUUUUUAUACUAUAUCGUGUAUUUUUAUAUAUGAAAAGUAUAUAUAAAAUAUACACAUGCUCGCACACAUCAUGUAUGUCUUGGAGUUGCUGUGGUUUUAGUAACACAGCAGCCACAAUCACUUCCGUGUGACUUGAGAGAGUGAAUAUGAGUGAAAGCUGCGAAAGAAAAAAAAGUGCAAAGGGUGGCUGCUGCGUUACUUCGGUGUGUAGUACUUAGUUCGAAAGGAAAAUCAAGGAAAUUAUGUGUAUAGCUAAAUCUGUGACUAAGGUAUCACCUAAUAUUAAAGAGCAUAAAAACUAUUUUAAAAUUGCUGGCAUUCAGCUUUUAAGUGCACUUUCCUGAACUACACUUCCAUUUCUUGUUACACUUCAAGUUUCUAAAGCUUUUUUGUGUACCACUAAACAGAGAACUUUAACUUUUUUGUGAAACUGAUGUACAUCAUAAAAUACUUGCAGUUGUUAAAUAAACCAACGUGAUAACAGUGA